AUGGUUUCCGCAUACGAUGUUGGCACUAGGUGCUGGUACCCUGACGAGAAACUUGGAUGGAUCGGUACGGUUGUGAAGUCAAACAAGAAAAGCGGAGACAAAUAUGUGCUCGAGCUUGUCUCCGAAAAUGACGAAUCUCAAACCUUUGAGGUUCAGUCGGAUAACUUGAGCGAAGAGAACGACAAACUUCCUCCUUUGCGAAAUCCUCCCAUUUUGGAGGCUGCCGAGGAUUUGACGAGUCUUUCCUAUUUGAAUGAGCCUGCUGUGCUUCAUGCCAUCAAACUCAGAUACUCCCAGCUCAAUAUUUAUACAUACUCGGGUAUUGUCUUGAUUGCAACCAAUCCGUUUCAAAGAGUGGAUCAGUUGUAUUCCCAGGAUAUCGUUCAAGCAUACGCAGGGAAGCGUAGGGGCGAGUUAGAUCCUCAUUUAUUCGCCAUUGCUGAGGAUGCCUAUCGAUGUAUGAAGUCAGAUAACGAGAAUCAAACUAUUGUUGUCAGUGGAGAGUCAGGUGCCGGUAAGACUGUUAGUGCCAAGUACAUUAUGCGUUACUUUGCGUCAGUCGAAGAAGAAUCUGAAUUGGAAAAUAACAUAGGAACGGAGCACAAGUCAGAUAUGUCUGAGGUCGAAAAACAGAUUCUUGCCACCAAUCCAAUCAUGGAGGCUUUUGGAAAUGCGAAGACAACCAGAAAUGACAACUCCUCACGUUUCGGUAAGUACUUGGAAAUUUUGUUUGAUGAGAGUACUUCCAUUAUCGGUGCACGUAUCAGAACCUAUCUUCUUGAGAGAUCAAGAUUGGUCUUCCAGCCUAAAUCUGAACGAAACUACCAUAUCUUUUACCAGCUUUUAGCUGGUAUGGAGAAGGACGACAAGGCAAAGUUGAGUUUAUUAGAGGCUCAUGACUAUAGAUACACGAAUCAAGGAGGAACCCCCGUUAUAGAUGGCGUCGACGAUGCUGAGGAGUUUAGAAUCACUAAGGAUGCAUUGGCUUUGAUUGGCAUUGGCAAUGACCAGCAGUUUGAGAUCUAUAAAAUUCUCGCUGCUUUAUUACACAUCGGAAACAUUGAGUUCGCUGCAACUAGAAAUGAUGCUCAUUUAUCCUCGGAUGAGCCAAAUUUGGUGAAGGCCUGUGAUCUUUUAGGCAUCGACCCAGUUGCCUUUUCCAAGUGGUGUGUGAAGAAACAAAUCACUACAAGGUCCGAGAAGAUUGUCAGUAACUUGAACCAUAGUCAGGCGCUUGUGGCUAGAGAUUCCUUUUCGAAGUACAUCUACUCAGCAUUGUUCGAUUGGUUGGUAGACUAUGUCAACACUGACUUAUGCCCUCCCGAAGUGGAGGCGAAAAUCAAGCUGUUCAUCGGUGUUCUUGACAUUUAUGGGUUUGAGCAUUUCGACAAAAACUCCUUCGAGCAGUUCUGUAUUAAUUACGCUAAUGAGAAGCUUCAACAGGAGUUCAAUCAGCAUGUGUUUAAAUUGGAGCAAGAGGAGUAUGUGAAAGAAGAGAUUGAAUGGUCAUUCAUUGACUUCGCUGACAAUCAACCCUGCAUCAACUUGAUUGAGAACAAGUUGGGAAUUUUAGCCUUACUUGAUGAAGAAUCUAGGUUACCCUCCGGUAAUGACAAGUCUUGGAUCGAAAAAAUGUACCAAACUCUUGACAAGGCACCCACUAAUAAGGUUUUCAAGAAACCGAGAUUUGGUCAAACAAAGUUUGUCGUCAGUCAUUAUGCGCUUGACGUUGAGUACGAUAUCGACGGAUUCAUAGAAAAGAACAGAGAUACUGUUGGCGAAGGUCAUCUCGAUGUCAUGAAGAAUUCCUCGAAUCCAUUAUUGCAAUCGAUUUUGGCGAUCAUUGACAAAACGGCUUCAGCGGUAGAUGCCUCAGCAUCGAAAACAAGAUCUUUGGCAAGUAAAAAGCCCACCUUGGGUUCGAUGUUCAAAAACUCAUUGAUUGAAUUGAUGAAAACUAUUGAUUCAACGAAUGUGCAUUAUAUCAGGUGUAUCAAGCCCAAUGAACUAAAGAAGGCCUGGGAAUUUGAUUCUCUUAUGGUUUUGUCACAGUUGCGAGCUUGCGGUGUGCUUGAGACAAUUAGGAUAUCGUGUGCUGGAUUCCCUUCCCGAUGGACAUAUGUUGAGUUCGCCGAUAGGUAUCGCAUUUUGGCUCCAUCGGAAGUUUGGAUGAAGGUUAUGAGUGAAGAGACAACCCAGGAGUCCGUUACUAGUUUGUGUGAUACCAUUUUGCAGCGCAACAUUGACGACAAGUCAAAGUACCAACUUGGUAAUACCAAGAUCUUUUUCAAGGCUGGUAUGUUGGCUCAUUUCGAAAAUUUGAGAUCAGAGAAGUUGUACAGGUCGGCCGUGAUGCUUCAAAAGAAUAUGAGACGGUAUGUCUAUCGUAAGAGAUACUUGGAUAUUCGAGCAUCGCACAUUGCUCUUCAAGUUUUGGCUCGUGGUAGAGUCGUACGUGCUCAAGUGAAGAGAGAAAUGGAAACCAAUGCUGCCAUUAAGAUUCAAACUGCUAUUCGAGGCUUCGUCGCCAGACAGCAAUUGCAACGGACUUUGAAGUCAGUGAUUGUAUUACAAAAAUCUAUCAGGGGUAAACAAGUCAGACACGCUCUUCUUAAACAAAGGACGGAAAAUUCUGCAGUGACUAUUCAGAGCGCAGUUCGUGGGUAUGCGGCAAGAAAGGCUUACAAGAAGUCAAGAAAGGAUGUCGUAUUGAUUCAGUCAUGCAUAAGAAGACGCCUUGCAAUUGCUGAAUUGAAACAGCGUAAAGUCGAUGCUAAAUCUGUCAAUCAUUUGCAGGAAGUAUCGUACAGGUUAGAGAAUAAGGUCAUUGAACUCACACAAUCCUUGACUUCGAAGAUCCAAGAAAAUAAGCGUAUGAUAGAGGAUAUCACCAACUUGAAGAAUUUGUUGCAACAGUCUAGUACUGCUCAUGAGACCUUAAAAUCAAGGGAAAUUGAAUUCAAUGAAAAGUUUGAUUCUCAAAACGCCAAUCAUCAAGAAGAGAUUCAAUCCUUGAAUAAAGAACUCGAAUCGAUUAAGGCUGAAUAUUCAGCGGCGGAGGAAAAGAUAGAGAAAUUGUCGAAGGAACAAGCAGAGUUGCGACAAGAGGUCCUGCGUAAGAUUGCAGAAUUGAACGAGACGAAGGAUGCUUUGGUGAAGCGUGAUACUAUUGAGAUUGACUUAAAAUCUCACAUCGAGCAAUUAAAGACGGAAUUAGCUACACUUCAAUCUCAACAACAGAGAGGUGGCAUUGUGAAUGCCAAAACCAGAAGUGCAAGCAGUAAGCGUCAUAGUAGCGCAUUGGCAUGGAACUCUCCAGCCUCGCUUGAUCAAAACAACCGCCCAGUCUCUGUCAUAGCUGUGUCGCCAGAUGACGUCGCUAAUGUUGACGAUAUCAAUGAUGAGUUGUUCAGAUUGUUACGUGAUUCAAGACAAUUACAUAGGGAGAUUGUCGAUGGUUUGCUCAAGGGUUUGAAGAUCCCACCUGCUGGCGUUGCAGCCGAUUUGACCCGAAAGGAAGUAUUAUUCCCAGCUCGUAUAAUCAUAAUCAUCAUCUCGGAUAUGUGGCGAUUGGGACUCACCAAGGAGAGUGAGGAGUUUUUGGGCGAAGUCCUAGCUGCCAUUCAACAGCUCGUGUCUGUCUUAAAGGAUGAUGAUGUGAUUCUGAAUGGUGCGUUCUGGUUGUCCAACACUCAUGAGUUGUACUCAUUUGUGUCUUAUGCGCAACAAACGAUUAUUUCGAACGACACUUUAUCUCAUGAAAUGAGUGAGGCGGAGUUCGAUGAGUACUUGAAGUUAGUUGCGGUGGUCAAGGAAGACUUUGAAUCUCUCUCUUACAAUAUCUAUAAUAUGUGGAUGAAAAAGAUGGAAAAAGAUUUGGAAAAGAAAGCGGUGUCUGCUGUUGUCCUUUCACAAUCAUUGCCAGGAUUCAUGGCUCCGGAAAACUCGCCCUUUUUGUCAAAGGUGUUUUCUCCUGGCAUACAAUACAAGAUGGAUGAUAUUUUGAGCUUCUUUAAUGCUGUCUAUUGGUCCAUGAAAUCAUACUUUAUUGAGCAAGAAGUAAUGACUGAAGUGAUAAUCGAAUUAUUGCGUUUCGUGGAUGCGUUGUGUUUCAACGACUUGAUCAUGAGACGUAACUUCUUAUCCUGGAAACGUGGAUUGCAGUUGAAUUACAAUGUCACCAGAUUAGAGGAAUGGUGCAAAGGUCAUGAGAUACACGAAGGUUCUGGCUAUUUGAGUCACUUGCUUCAAGCCGCUAAGUUAUUACAACUCCGAAAGAAUACCCCUGAUGACAUUGAAAUCAUCUACGAAAUUUGCUAUGCCUUAAAGCCAAUUCAAAUCCAAAAGCUCAUAUCACAAUACUUCGUGGCAGACUAUGAGACUCCUAUAGCCCCCAACGUGUUGCAGGCUGUGGCAGAUAGGGUUAAGACAACGGACGGAACCAACAGCGACGAAUUGUUCGAAGUUGUUUCUACCGACGGUCAUUUCAAUGAUCCAUUUAGAUCAGUGAACUUGCGGCCAUUCUCUAGAGUGGAAGCAUAUGUUCCCGCAUGGUUGAGCUUGCCUGUUAUCAGGCGCAUUGUUGAGCUAGUCGCUAAGAAUGCCUCCGUUCAAGAAGCAAACUCAAUAAAUGGAAGGGAAGAGAUGGAAUCGCCGUUGCAAAACGGUGUUACUACAGAGGCAUGA